UACGCCUAACGUGCAUUACGAUUUACGACUACCACCACUCGGUCCCCCUCCCUGCCCUGCAUUUUCAUUUCGACAGCGAACCAAAAAUAAAAAGUUCCUUUUAUAACCUCACCACCUCUUUCUCGCUUUAUCCUCCUCUUCCUUAAUCUUUUCCUUCUCAGUUUCCAACACUUAUAAACGUGCGCUGCCAUGGCUACUAUGCGCACGACGGACACGUUAGACCCACCUCCGUCUCCGAUCCCCACCGCCACCGGAUCGCGCUCCGCGGCCAACCAGAUCUUCACCGAGUACCUCGAGCACUCGCUGCGACCUCCGAACCUCGCAUUGCCGGCAACCACACGUCACCCGAUUCCGUCCGACGUCGAUCUCCGAUCGCUCGCGUCCCGAGGCCGCGACUCUGUUGAUCGGCUCCUCCAAUCGGCCAGGCAGUACGGCGUGUUUCGGAUCAGCGGCCACGGGAUUUCGAGCGAGGAGUUAGGGUAUUUGGUGGAAGAAGCCGAGCCGGUCUUCCGGAAUCCGGAGGCUCUGAAUUUGGUGAAGCGUAACGGGAAUCGGGAGGAGAUUGUGUGGGCUCGUUCUCGUAACGAGAGAUUAGAAUCGGCGCCAAAGUUUAUCGGGUCAGAAACCGAAAGGUAUCGGAACUUCAGGCAAAUUAUGGAGAAAGUAGCAGGUAAACUUGAUGCAGUAGCGAAAGAGUCGAUUGAAAUUUUCAUGGAAAAUGCGGGUAAGAAACAUUGUGAUGGAAUCCAAGAGAAGGAGACUGUUCUUGCCUUGCACAGAUACGAUCACAAUACUCUCCUCAUGGAGAAAAAUUCAGUUUUGUCAAAUGAGAAAAACGAAUAUGGUGAUGCUCUAACCCUCCACCUUCCCUCCCAGCAUUCUCAAUUUCAUGUUCAAUCGAAGCGAGGUCCUUUGUCUUUUGAACUAGGCCCAGACACAAUUGUUGUGACUGUCGGAAAACAGCUAGAGGAAUGGAGCCUGGGAGAAUUCAAAAGUGUCUCAGGGGAAAUGAUCAUUGCACCAGAUAUCCAAGGAAUCCCAGCCCCUUACUGUGUAGAGCUCAAGUAUUCGUCUUCAAGUACAUAUCACAGUUUUGACAAAAACUGUAAGACAAUUUCCAUAGCUGACCAGAUCCUAUUUGCACUCAUCAUUAUACUUCUAUACAAAGUUUUUGUCUAUGCAUUGUCAUGAUUUAC